AUGGGUGACAAUCUCAAGACCGCUCUGGACGCCAUCCUUGCCGAUCUCUCCUCCAUCAAGAACGAGGUGACGACGAUCAAGGGCGACCAGAGCCGUCUCAACGUGGCCGUCAACCGGCUGCAAUCGGACCACCACUCCUCCGGCGGCUCCCACAGUGGCAGGGACACGGACCACGGCGCCCCUCCCCCUCCGCCUCCGCGCGAGCAUGCCAAGCACAAGCUCCGGUUCCUGCGCUACGACGGCAGCACCGAUCCGGUGCUCUGGCUCUACAAGGCCGAACAGCUCUUCCGCGCCGAUCGCACGGCGGAUGACGAGCGGGUGUGGCUCGCCUCCUUCUACAUGGAAGGCGCUGCCCAGGACUGGUAUUACCGCCUCGAGUAG